AUGGUUAACAUUCCAAAGUCUAGAAAGACCCUUUGCGCUGGCAAGUGCAAGAAGCAUAGUCUACAUAAAGUUUCCCAAUACAAAAAAGGAAAGGAAAGUGUCCACGCCCAGGGUCGUAGACGUUACGAUAUGAAACAAGCUGGCUUUGGCGGUCAAACCAAACCCAUUUUCCGCAAAAAGGCUAAGACCACAAAGAAGAUUGUUUUGAAGCUUGAAUGUACUGUAUGCAAGAAGAAGCGUUUCGUCAAGCUUAAGCGUUGCAAGAACUUCGAACUUGGUGGUGAUAAGAAGAGGAAGGGUGUCUCCUACUAA